AUCCGGAUUUAACAUUUUAAGGUCCAUUCACCCCACUGUUGUAGGUGUUCACUUAGACGAGUAUUUCACAUUCGUCUAUAUUUUCUCAACCCAUGCAGGGGAUUCUUAGUCUAUCAUUAUAUGUUCUCGAGAACUUUACUUGUUUACUUCAGGUAAAUUAAUCCUUCUAGGAGUAAUUAAUCCUUCUGGGAGUUUCAAAUAUAUUUAACAUCUUUCGGGAAUUCAAACAAAUAGGCUAUCACAACAAUUUUCAAACUUUGAUUUGAAAAAGUAGUUGCACCCACCACAGGGGAGUAUAACUCCUCUUAAAUAAUGAUAGGUCUUUUCGAGAAACCCAUUGCAAAACAUUGUGCGAUAUCUCUCACAAUUUCAUACUUUCCAAUAGCACAAAAAUUUGUUUGUAUCCCGCUAGUUUUGCCCUUUUUUAGGUGCAAGGACUUCUGGUCCUUAAACUUUAUGCUCCUUGAGCAAGUUUCAUGAUUUCUUAAUAUAUUGGCCAAUAAAAUCAUCAUUUGCAUGCAUCAAUAGAGUUUUACUCUUGAUCCUCACUUGUACAUAUCAUAUUCAGUACUGAAGUACAACAAACAAAUUUCAUCGACAAUGAUUUCAUUACGGUUCCAGUAUCGUAGUCUAAUAUGGUUUUGAGAUCUCUUCGCUUUCACAACUUUCAGAGACAUGUGUUCUUCUGGAACUAAAAUUAUAAUUAAUUCUUGGUUACUCUUCUUGAGUUUUCAUGUCCUCGAGUUGACCAUUCUAAUUACAGCUCCUUUUCUUUCUCGAUGAUGUUUAUCAUUGGAACCGAUUGGUCUAUCACGCUUCAUGCGCUCUUUCAUACACAUUUUUUUAUAUUAGAGUAUCCAACAAGGAUAUCAAAUGUACAACAGGUACAUCAUGACUUUGAUAAUGCAAUUGUUAUUUUAUCCUUAUUUAUAAUUCUUCUCUUUUCUCACUUCUGGUGAAAAGAUCCAAACAAUACAUUUAGCAUAUAUAUAAUCAUGUUUAUAGCUCCAUUCACUUCGGGGAAUAGAUUGUUUCAUUCACUUCUGGGAAUGAAAAUGUCUCAAGUGCAAUAUCAUUUUCAUCUUUAAUGGAGAAUAUACCAACUUAUAAUACAAAAAAUAUGUUCCAUAAUAUUGAUAUUGCAUCAGCAUAUUUGAAUUUGCUCUUCCCUUUGAUUCUUGGUAGAAUCAAGUCUUUUGCGUACAACGGGUACGAAACAAACACACUUUUCCAUUACAAUGGUAACAUACAGAACCAAUAUUCUUAUUAUCAUGUCCUUUUCUUUCUUUGCCCUUGAAUUCUUCAAUUUCCACUUCUGGGGAAUAUAUGGGCUCUUGGAACUUGCAUUUUCUACAUAUCAAUGUGGGAUUGAUAAGAACAGGAUAACACGGAGAAUUGAAAAAUUAACUCAUCACUUAUAUUACUUUUCUUGUUAUUGCUACUACAUGAGAAAUUUUUAAUUUGCGAUAAUGUCAAAAACACCAAUUUAAUUUUAAGGAAUCAAUGUAUGUAUUGUAAAACACAUAAUAAUAUAAAUCAAAUUACACAACCCAAAAUUUUAAUUCAAAUAGAUGUACGAGAUAAAAUAUCAAUGGAUGGUAUACUAUGAAAAAGAGUAGCAUCCAUCUUAAUAUAUUGGAAUGAGAUAAUCUCACCACAAAUAAGACAAUAAGAUAAGAAAGGAUCUAAGAAUUACAUACCUUGAUCAUAUUGUGAACUUACUCCAAUAUACUAGAUCGUGUAGAGAGACAAUGACCAACCAUGAUGCUAGCAGAGCUUCGUGCUGAUAACGUGUUAUGAAACUAAUGAAAAUAUAAACAACUACAAGAGAAUAUUAGAGAGGAAAAGACACAAGAGAAGAGAGGGGAAGAGUUCUUCUUAUUCAUUCUUCACUUUUGAUACAAUGGUGUGCUAUAUUUAUAGGCACACUUUGGUAACCACUACAUCCUUAUAUCAAUGCAUAUGAAUGAGAGAUAAUAAUGUAGAAAUAGAGGUUACAUGUAACUCCCAAGUGAGCAUCUAAUGUGGUAGGUCAUUGGUCAUCCAUAUCAAUAUUUACAUAAUAUGUCAUUCAUUAUGAUAUCAUAUACCACCAUUUUAUCACCAAUAAUCAUGGAAGAGGGUCUUAUAAUUGAUCCAAUUUUUUCUAUAAAUAUAUUGAGUCACAAACAAUUCGUUGAUUCUAUGCAAGUUUUUUUGAAGAAUCAAGUUAAAAAAGAGGUAAACUGUAGUAGAAGGUCGUAUAUAGAUGGUCCUCUGAAACGCAAGAAUGCAUAUAUACCGCAAAAACUAGAGCAAGAAUGCAUAUAUACAGCAAAAACUAGAGCGGACAAGGAAUAUUGUAGUAUUCAUCAUCAAAACUUAGUAGCUUGGAUCAUUAUCAUAGUGGAGAAGAAUAAAUGAUCCAUUUUCAAUUUUGUUCUUUACUUAGUUUGUAUCUUAUUCGUUGUAACUCGUGAUUGAAAAUAUUUAUAGAAAAUAUUUAUCAUCAAAACUCAGUCGCUUGGAUCACUAUCAUGGUGGAGCUUAAAUGAUCCUUUUUUAAAAUUUUCUUUACUUAAUUAGUUUGUAUCUUAUUCCUUGUAACUCAUAUUUGAAAAUAUUUAGUAGAUUAAUUUGUUGUUUAUAAAAUGAUAUUCAAUUUGAUAUAUUUAUGGUAUUUUUUAUUGGGCCAAGAAUUCCGCCACUACUUUUGUUAGAUGAUUGUUAGUCUCAGCAUUCAAACUUAAAGUGUGGUGAAUUUUAUCCUCCUAUAUAAUCACAUGAUAUUUAUUUUUGUACCGGUGUAAUUUCUAACACCCUGACACAUUUUGAUCUUUAUGACCGUGGCAUGUCUUUUUUUUUAUUAUAUAACCACUAUGAUAUAAUGUUAGGCUAUCAUGAUAUAUUAACGUGUUUCCAGAAUAUAUCAGAAUAGAUGUCUUGUAGAUAUGAUUUUUUUUUCCUUUCAAAGUUGUGUAUAUUUUCUCUUUGAAAUUUAAGUUAACACGAAUACUUAUUGAAAGUUAAAAAUGGUUAUGAACUGGUACGUACACAUCCUUUGGGUUAUGCUCCUUAAGCAGGCGAUUACAAUUAGAUCGGAUUAGAUUUUGAACAACAGUAAGCUUUGAUGUAUUAAACUUUCGUCUUCAUUAUUUAUACCACCAUUCGCCAACUGAUUUGCUGAACUCAACUCCACCAUUCCUCUUCUUCUUCUUCUUCUUCUUCUUCUUCUUCUUCACCUAAUUCCCAAUUCGAUCCACCGUCAAAAUCUCUUCUAUAGAAGCAUAGUAACGAUGGAAAGCGAGGAGGAAUUGGGAGGAGAAGGCGAAUUCAGAAUCAGCUUGGAUUCUCCAAACCUCUUCGUCCGGUCACCUGACAAAACCAACAUCUGGGUCUACGAGCUGGAAGCCACGCCGGCGGCCGAGUCGCCCUCCACAACCAUAAUCCGCAAGCAAAACUGGACCCACCUCUACUGCGUGGGGCCCAACCUCGAGUACACCGUGCUGGAGGUGAUGGGCUCCGACAUCGACGAAGACCAGCUCACCCGUUUGGCAGAGGACCUCUGCUACUCCCGCCUCAUCGUCAACUCCGACGGUUACUGCUUCAUCGACACCGCAGGGAUCGUCGAUUCGUCCGCCGGGUUCGAGUACUACCGCCUCAACGACAUAUUCAGCUGGUCCGAUUACGGAGUCGAUCAACAAUCGGAAAUGGGUGGGGACUCGGCCGCGCCUUCGCUCCCCUGGAACCGAUGCAACAUGAGAACAGGGGAGGAGCUGGCGCCGGAUCAGCAGGGCGACGGGGAGAGCUUGGAGGAGCUUCGUCGCGAAAUCGACGGCUUACAGGAGACUCUGGACGAGAAAGAGGAGGAAAUUCGGAGGCUGAAAGCGGAGAUUGAGAAGAAAUCAAAAGGCAGAAACCCGCCGCCGCCCCUUGCCUCAGGCAGGGGCAGGAAUCCGCGGCCUCCUCCUCCUCCUCCCCCUCCGCCGCCGUCAAAUCAACCUCGCUCUCGGCCUAGUACUAAACACCAGGGCCAGACGAAUUCCCCUUCCCCUUCCCCUUCUCCUUCUCCUUCUCCCCCGCCGCCGACGCCACCUCCUCCUCCGCCGAAGCACAGAAAACUGGCGCCACAGCCUGUGGUGGAGGAUCCCAGCAAGGCUGCAGGCAGCAAUCGAAGGCGACUGCCGCCGAUUAAGCUUCGAUUGUCGGCCGAUUCAGCCUCCCACUGCCUGCCACUUAAGAGGGCGGAGGGCGCCGCGAUGCGGACGUUUCUGCCGUACGAUGAGGAUGUGGCGGGGCUUUUCCCGAGGAACGUGACGGUUCGUUGGAGCGGCGACGAGUUCGACGGCGAGAAUUGGUGGUACUUGAAAGCCUGGGAGAGCGGAGCGGAAGUGAUGAUUGCUUACUACGAAGGGGAGCUGGACAGCGAUUGCCGCGGCGACAAGACUUUCGACAUUCCGUAUCGUAAAGAAGCAGCGGCGGCGACGGCUUUCAGCUCUUCCCCACAGUGCUUCGCGGGUUUGGUUCGCGGAGUUGGUGUCAGGUUCAUGUUUGUGUAUUAGUAUUAGUCCUCCUUUGCCUCUUCGCUUCAAUUGGGGUGUUGGUUCGGGAAAGGGUAAGAAUAUUGAGGAUGGAUAUGGAAAAUUCGGUUGAGUGAAUGACGUGUGCGUAUUGGGUAUUGGCCGUAGCCAGUAUGGAAUCAAGUCAAAAAGAUGAA